GCUCUGUUCUUUUUUUUUUUUUUUUAUACAAACAAUUGAAACAACAGGAAUUUAUUCACUUAUAAAACUGGAAAGUCUUAGGCAUGACUUCAUCCAGGGCUACAGUCAAGAAUCUCAGUUCUCCCCCAAACCAGUUAAUGUGGCUGAGUCAUAUGCUGGGCACAGAGUUCCUAAGAUUCGGUUACGAGGUGCAACACUUUUAAGCACCGUGAGUGGGGUGGUGAACGCUCCCCUCAGUGACCAGCUGAACCUCGGAGGCAUUUUGCAGAGAGUAUGCUUUUUUGUAACUUCUCUUUUCUGCUUUGUCUUAGCUGUGGCCAUUCCAGGCCCACCCGGCCCUCCAGGACAGCCAGGGCUUCCCGGAUCCAGGAACCUGACUUAGCUUUGGAACCAAACCCUUCUGACCACCCAAGAGCCAGCACAAUCUUUCUGAGCAAAUCUCAAACAGCUGUGCGGCAAAAGAGGAAGAGCAACCAUUUAAACCAUGUAUCUCCAGGGCAGCUUACUAAAAAGUAUAACUCAUGCUCAACAAUAUUUCUAGAUGACAGCAUAGUCAGACAGCCUAAUCUUAGAACCACACUAAAACGUAUGACCUUAGCAAUAUAUUACCACAUAAAGAACAGAGCUGCAGAUAGAUCCUUGGAUAUUUUUGAUGAGAGAUUACAUCCACUCACACGAGAAAAGAUUCCAGAGGAAUACUUCGAGCAUGAUCCUGAACACGAAUUCAUUUACAGAUUUGUUUAUACUCUUUUUAGUGCCGCACUGCUAACUGCUGACUGUGCAGUAGUAACUUUGGUUUACUUAGAAAGGCUUUUAACUUAUGCUGAGAUCGACAUUUGCCCCACUAACUGGAAAAGAAUUGUUUUGGGAGCCAUUCUUCUUGCCUCCAGGCUUUGGGACGAUGAUGCUGUACGGGAUGUGGAGUACAGCCAGAUCCUCAAGGACGUUACAGUUGAGGACAUGAAUGAGAUGGAAAGGCACGUCCUGGAGCUACUUCACUUUAAUAUUAAUGUUCCUUUCAGUGUGUAUGCCAAAUACUACUUUGACCUUCGCUCCUUAGCACAUGACAACAACCUGAAUGUUCUAUUCUCUCCUCUUACCAAACAAAGAGCACGGAACUACGAGGCCAUUUCCAGAUUGUGUGACGACGAAUACAAAGACGUGUGUAGAGCUGCUAUGAGAAGGUCUUUCAGCGCUGAUCAUUUCAUUGGUAUUCGGCGCUCCAAUGCCAUCCUCUCUUAAGGGAGAAGUGAGGGGUUGUAACAUCAUAAACCCCUCGAAACAAGGACUGGAGAAAUAGCACCUCUCCUGCUCAGAAACCAGCAAAGUUAGUAUUUUCACCUUAAAGAAAGACAUUGAAUUCAAGAGACUCAUGGACAAGCGAAGAUUAUGCUCAUAGGAAAGAACGGGACCUCGUCAAUGUAACACGCUCUUCUGUCCUUUUUAUUGUAAACAGAGUUACAAAAACCACUCCAAAGCUAAAAGCUCCCAAUCCAUGCACAGAUAUCUGCUCCCAAUCGACACACAGAUAUCUGAUAGCUGAGAACUAUGUGAGGUUUUUUAAUUAAUAGCUUAAAUUUUUAGACUUUAAAGACUUUAGACUUUAACUAUAUAAAGACUUUUAACUAUUUAAA